CUACUGUGGAAGUGACGUCAGUGACAUGAAAUUGUUCAGAAAUUAGAAAUGGCUGCGCUAGGUAGUGGACGGGGGAUGAUGGAUUCCCAAAAUCAAGUGCAAAGUGAUACUGUAGAUCGUUUGAAAUUGCUUUAUCCUAAUGUUAAUGAAGAAGAAACACCUUUACCGAGAUCGUGGAGUACCAAGGACAAAUUUAGUUACAUUGGAUUGUCUCAAAAUAAUCUUCGAGUCCACUACAAAGGUGGGACGCAGGGUCCGGGCCGCCGACCCCACCUGCCCUACCUCCACUUACGCCUCUGGAUGUAUCGUCACGGCAAAACCCACAAGGAUGCGGCGAGCGUGCGCGCGACGCAUCCCAUCCCGGCGGCGUGCGGACUCUACUACUUCGAGGUGCGGAUCGUGUCCAAGGGCCGGGACGGGUACAUGGGCAUCGGGCUCUCGGCGCAUGGCGUCAACAUGAACAGACUGCCUGGUGAGCAAACUGGCUGGGACAAACAUUCAUACGGUUAUCACGGCGACGACGGGCACUCGUUCUGCUCGUCCGGCACCGGCCAGCCGUACGGGCCCACCUUCACCACCGGUGACGUCAUCGGCUGCGGCGUCAACCUCGUCGACAACACAUGCUUCUACACCAAGAAUGGCCACCAUUUAGGAAUAGCUUUCAGAGGACUACCACCGAACCUGUACCCGACCGUGGGGCUGCAGACGCCGGGCGAGGUGGUGGACGCCAACUUCGGACAGCAGCCGUUCGUGUUCGACAUCGAGGACAUGCUGCGCGAGCUGCGCGCGCGCACGCGCCAAGCCAUCGACGAGUUCCCGCUGCCCGACGGCCAGGGCCAGUGGCAGCAAGUCCUGCACAGAAUGGUGUCUACAUACUUAGUGCACCACGGCUACUGCAGCACCGCGCAGGCGUUCUCCCGCGCGACGUCGCAGCCAAUCACAGAAGACGUCGCUAGCAUCAAAAAUAGACAGAGAAUAUCAAAAUUGGUGCUAUCGGGUCGCAUCGGGGAAGCUAUAGAGUUAACUCGUAGACUGUAUCCAGGGUUGUUAGAAAGAGAUCACGACUUAUUGUUCCUACUCAAGUGUCGGCAGUUCGUCGAAAUGGUCAACGGGUCAGAUUCGGAGACGUGCGGCGGCGCGUGCUCGUGCGCGGCGGGACGCUGCCCCGCGCUGGCGCCGCCUCGUCUGUGUCCCGCCUCCGUCACCCCCACCCCUGCCACCGCCACCACCACCGCCUCCACCGCCUCCACCGCCUCCACCGCCGCCGCCAACGGCUGCGCGCCGCGCGCCAACGGCGUGUCGACGUCGAGUCCGCGCCGCGGCGACUGCGACGUGGACAUGUGCGCCGAGCCCGGCGCCGAGCCCAACGGCAACCACGCUGGUGUGGCGGUCGUGAAGGGCAUGCCCGGCGUCACCGCCAGCGUGGCCGCGCUGCUCGCCGACUAUCCAGAAGCGGAGGCCGGGUGCGGCGCGCGAGCGUCCGUGGAGCGAAUGCUCGCGUUCGGCCGCGAACUGUACGCGAUGUCACAGAAGCUGCAGCAGGAUCUCUACCACAAAUCUAUGUUGGAGGACGCGUUCAGCUUGCUGGCGUACAGCAACCCGUGGGAUAGCCCCGUGGGCUGGCAGCUGGAGCCCGUGCGCCGCGAGGCCGUCUGCGAGGCGCUCAACUCCGCCAUACUCGAAUCGACAGGCAUGCAGUGGAUAUCGCCGGUGGAGGCGAGCGUGUCGCACUCGCGCGAGUUGCUGCGCCGCAUGUCGCGCGCGGGGCUGGGCGCGUGCGCAUUCGCGGAUCUGCCCGCGCUGCUGCGCCGCUGACACCCAGUCUCCGUCCGCAUCCACCGCCACAAGAGGAGGCUCCGCUAACUCAUGCUGUAUGAUGCACCACAUUGCACACGAUUCCAGAUUCUAAUAUAUAUAUUGACAGUGCUCACAUGAUGUGAAUUUAUGGACGUUUUGAAUUAUCACAGAUAAUGUAGUGAAAUACAGAAUGUAUGUAUCGAGGUUGAAUAUAAAAAUUGAUGCGAUUCCAAAAUUAUGAAAAACCUGUGUAAACAUUAUUCGAUGAUAUAUAUAUAUAUAUAUAUAUAUAUAUAUAUACAUAUAUAUAUAUAUAUAUAUAUAUAUAUAUAUAUAUAUAUAUAUAUAUAUAUAUAUAUAUAUAUAUAUAUAUAUAUAUGUAUAUACACAUCUAUAUAUAGACUUUUUGUACGGCAAUAUUGGAUACUUAAUCGAUUUUAGAAGUAUAAUCGCUAAAGCAUCGCUAUUGAAUUUAUUCGGUGUUCAUUAUAAAGAAUGUAUGGAAAUUUAAAUUCACACAAAAUCUUCCACUGACAUGUGAAUGUUAAGAUUACAUGAAUAUGAAUGUUGAAACCAUAAAGAUUUGCGAAUAAUUGCAUUGAAUUUAAACGUCUGACUGACUAUGAUUAUAUAUGCCAAGAAAUAUGAUUUUAAAUACGAAUAAAAUCUUAAUGAAUAAAUAGAUUAUCAUCAAAACACGAUGUCAUAAAAACGUCCUAAAAAUGUAUCAAUAUACAUAAUAUUCUGGAAUUACUGAACCAACGAAAGAUACACAAAAAUUGGCUGCAACACACUGCCAAAUACAAACAUUUGAAGCACUUACAUUACCGUGGGACAACUCAGAGAGACAAACAAAUAAUAUUAGUGGGUGAAACUGUGAAUUUAACGAUCACUCGACGUGUGUAUUAUAACCAAAGUAAUGCUUAACAGCUGUGCUUUAUAUUAUAUCGCACGCAUAAUUGUUUAAAGGACGCGUUGUAUUUGAUUGCGUGUUCGAUAAGGAAGGAUCGUCGGACUUUUGUAUAUAAAGAUCUGUGGAACCGAUCAGCAAGAUUAACGCACACCUAUGCCUUAUGUGAGCGACUAGAGCGCCUCUAGCGGCGGCGGCCGGAACUCCAUGUGUCAAACUUCUAGAACGGUCUAAUGAUUUCUUUUAAAUGUGAUGUCCAUGAUUUUUUUUCCAAUCAAUCAAUUUGUUUUGUAUAAGUUUAUAAGUAAGACGUUUUUUACGGACGCCGCGCUAAGACCUUAGUUAAAGUGAGACAACGACCGAACGUUAGUGUGAAGUGGACUUACUUGCGUUGUGUAUAUGUAUGUCAGCGUAUGUUAUUGUAGUUAUAUUGGUAUAGAAAUAUAAAUAAUACUGUGUCGGGGACUCGGGGCACUGUCGUCGACCAAACAUUGUUUUUUAUAGUUUAUAACGCGUUAUAGAACAUAGACUUUAUUGCUAUGAUCAUAAAGUUUAAUUCCAAAUGCUGUUCCAAUAAUACGUAAUACUAGUUUAUUUGUCAUUGUCAUAACAGAGUAAAUUAAAAAAAAAAAACCGACAUAAUGUCAAAUUUGACAUUGACGUCAGAAUCGCAAAUUCUGGUUCGGUAUUGGCUGACGAGCUGUCAAAAGCUAAGACGUCACAUAUAAUGUGGUAAAAACAGCACUAAAUUUAAUCUUCUUUAUAUCGAUUUAAUUAUGAAAAAUAUAUUUAAAGUGUAGUAUAUUUCAAGUAACAUAUAAUUUCAAAGAUAUAGUGCCAUGCGCCACAUAAAUCGACGGACAGUGCCGCCGGAAUUAAUAUAUAGAGUAUAUGAUAUGUGAAUCGGAUUUUGCGAGUAGGGUUAUUAAGAGAUAUAAAGUGUUACCACUGCUUUUAGUGUUACCCGCGUCCCGCCAUCUGCUUGUACGAGUGAGGGCUGGUAACACCGCGCGGUCCACGGCCAACUUAUGUACGAACCGACUUGCGGAUAUAUAUAUUGAACUUUUUAUAUAUAAUUUUUUUUUUACAAUUUAUAACAGUGAGAAUUGAUUUUAACAUUUAUGUUUCGAUAUUGACAAACUAUAGAAAUGAAGUGAUAAAUUAUUUUGUUCCAAUAAUAUUGUUUCACAAAUAUUAUUACUCUAAUAUUUAAAAUAAAUUUUAGGUAAAAACUGUCUCAAUUCUUGAAUAUAAGAAUCAAUAAUUUCUCUUAUCGACCUUAUAAUCAAGCUUUUCUUUUUAGACAAAGUAUAUUAACACUUAAUUCGACACUUAAUGGUUGAAUUUUUUUAAGCGUGUUGUAUACGUAAGUCGGUCUGUGCGUAAUCGCGAGCGAGAAUGUUCGCCUAAUGCCAACAACGCCUACGAGCGUAAUCGGCGAUGAACUCGCAUUAACGAGAAUCGAAAAAUUAUCGAGUUUGAAUGGAGAAUUAAUUCAUAUGACAUUGAUUUAUCAAGUCUCAAUCAAUAUUAUAUCUUCUUCAGUCUCGAUCGAGGUAUCGAGUCUGAAUCGAUUAUGUAGCGAGUUCGUCGCCCGUGGUAGCGCUUGCUCUGUAAAGAUGAUUCUACAAUAUUGUUCUUAUAUUGUAUUGUUUUCUUUUUUAAUAAUAUAUUGUGUUUAAACUGC